CACAGUGUGCACAGAUGAACGAAGUUAUGGCAGAGUUAGCUAAAGAACUCCCUCAAGUUUCAUUUGUCAAGUUGGAAGCUGAAGGUGUUCCUGAAGUAUCUGAAAAAUAUGAAAUUAGCUCUGUUCCCACUUUUCUGUUUUUCAAGAAUUCUCAGAAAAUCGACCGAUUGGAUGGUGCACAUGCCCCAGAGUUGACCAAAAAAGUUCAGUGACAUGCAUCUAGUGGCUCCUUCCCACCCAGCGCUAAUGAACAUCUUAAAGAAGAUCUCAACCUUCGCUUGAAGAAAUUGACUCAUGCUGCCCCCUGCAUGCUGUUUAUGAAAGGAACUCCUCAAGAACCACGCUGUGGCUUCAGCAAGCAGAUGGUGGAAAUUCUUCACAAACAUAAUAUUCAGUUUAGCAGUUUUGAUAUCUUCUCAGAUGAAGAGGUUCGACAGGGACUCAAAGCCUAUUCCAAUUGGCCUACCUAUCCUCAGCUCUACAUUUCUGGAGAGCUCAUAGGAGGACUUGAUAUAAUUAAGGAGCUAGAAGCAUCUGAAGAACUAGAUACAAUUUGUCCCAAAGCUCCCAAAUUAGAGGAAAGGCUCAAAGUGCUGACAAAUAAAGCUUCUGUGAUGCUCUUUAUGAAAGGAAACAAACAGGAAGCAAAAUGUGGAUUCAGCAAACAAAUUCUGGAAAUAUUAAAUAGUACUGGUGUUGAAUAUGAAACAUUCGAUAUAUUGCAGGAUGAAGAAGUUCGGCAAGGAUUAAAAGCUUACUCAAUUUGGCCAACAUACCCUCAGCUGUAUGUGAAAGGGGAGCUGGUGGGAGGAUUGGAUAUUGUGAAGGAACUGAAAGAAAAUGGUGAAUUGCUGCCUAUACUGAGAGGAGAAAAUUAAUAAAUCUUAAACUUGGUGCCCAACUAUUGUAAAAAAUAUUUAAUUACAUUGGGAGCAGUUCAUGAUUUAGUCCUCAGAAAUGGACUAGGAAUAGAAAAUUCCUGCUUACUCAGUUACACGUUUUGUGUAUUUCACAAUGUCGUGCUAAAUAAAUGUAUGUUACAUUUUUUUCCCACCAAAAAUAGAAUGCAAUAAACAUCUUCAAAUUAUUAACAACAACAACAAA